GUCCUUGCGCUUACGCAGCAGGCAGCGAAACCACUGAGCUAAAUCCCCGGCCCUAUAUAGAGAAAUUCUUAAUAUCAUGUAAGACAUGAUGUUGUCUUUGCUGUAGAGAGAACACACAGACACUUUAUGCCGCCUGAACAUGAUGCUGAUGUUCACCGAGUGUGUGCUGGACCUGACAGCCAUGCAGGGCAGAAAUCCUGAGUUGUGCACAUCUGCCGUGUUCUUGUACCAGAUUCAGGAGAGUGUGGUUGUAGACCAGGUCAGCCAGCUGAGCAAAGACUGGGGGAGGGUGGAGCAGCUGAUGUUAUACAUGAAAGCAACACAGCUGCUUGCAGCUUCCCUGCAUCUCACCAAAGCCCAGAUCAAGUCUGGGAAGCUGAGCCCAUCGACAGCUGUGAAACAAGUUGUGAAAAAUCUGAAUAAGCGAUAUAAAUUCUGCAUCACCACGUGCAAGAAACUUACAGAAAAGCUGAAUCGCUUCUUCUCUGACAAACAGAUUUAUUGAUGAAAUCAACAGUGUAACUGCAGAAAAACUCAUCUAUAAUUGUGCAGUGGAAAUGGUUCAGUCUGCUGCCCUGGAUAAGAUGUUUCAACAGACAGAAGAUAUUGUUUAUCGCUACCAUAAGGCAGCCCUUCUUUUGGAAGGCCUUACUAAGAUUUUACAGGAUCCUGCAGAUAUUGAAAAUGUACAUAAAUGUAAGCUGAAUUACACAGUAAUUUCUCGUUAUCUGUGUUUUUAUUUUCUGGAAUUUUCAGUUACCCAACAUCAACUAGUGUCUAAAAAUAUUAAAUGAAAAUCUCCAGAAGCAGUCCAUAAUUUUGAAAUUUUGUUCUGCUCUGAUCAGUAGCAUGAUGAAAUCUUGAGCUAUCCUGCUGUGCCCCAUCUUUGUCUCGAAUGUCCAUGCUAUAUAUGCCACCUGCCAACUUAGCAGCCAUCUCAUUUAUCAGAUUUACUGUCUUGGUGUUGCAGUACUUAUAGAUAGAGUUUGGUAUAAUCCAUGGUUUCAGACAUCCACUGGGCAUCUUGGCUCAUAUCCUUUGAGGAUAAGUGGUGUUUAUUGAUUCCAAUUUAGUUGUCUCCUACAGGUGUAGUAGAAAAAGUUUAGAAUUUGGAAUCAUAUUGCCUGUGUUGGCUUUCCCAACUUUAGCAAAUUACUUAACCUUUAUGUGGUCUUAGUUUCUUCUGUAAGACAGGGGAUAAUGGUGCCUACUUUGCAGAGUUGUAAGGAUUAGAAAUGAAUAUGAAACAUGGAUAGCUUUUGUCAUUAGUCUUCAGAUUUCUACACAUUAUUUUGUUGGCAAAUAUGUG